ACAUAUUCUUAAAAAACUCAAAAACACGUAAGAGAAAAGCGAAAGAAGAACUUAAGGCUUCUAACUAUGCAUUCAUUCUAAAGUUUAAAAAGACAUGGACGAUACAGAAAGCACAACAACGUCAGCGGAUGAAAACACCGGCAACCUCUGCGAUAACCCGACAAGAGAUACGCUUGCAGAGGGCUUGUUAGGGCUUCUUAAACCGACUGUUGAUCAACUUGAUGAUAGAGUGCGGGCUACGAGAAUAUCCCAGUUGGAAUUAAAGCAGCAAAUAGAUUCACUGAAUGAAGAAUUGUUAAAAGUUCGAGAAUCACUAAACAAUCAUCCAGACUUGGACCCUUAUGUGAAGAAAUUAAUUACAUGCAAACAUAAAGUUACUGUUGUUCUGAACAUUCUACAAGCCUCUCAGGAUAGAUUAAAUCAAAUUAGGCGAAUGGUAGAAAAAGAUAAGCCUAAAGUAAAAGUAAUAUCAGAACCUUUACCAGAACCUGAGCAAGGUACCAGUGGUGUUUCAGACAAAGGAAGCAUAAACUAG